AUGUCUUGCCGCUCCUACCGAGUCAGCUCUAGCCACCGGGUGGGCAACUUCAGCUCUUGCUCAGCAAUCACCCCUCAGAACCUGAACCGCUUCCGGACCAGCUCUGUCUCCUGCAGGAACGGGUCUGGCUUCCGGGGCCUUGGUGGCUUUGGUAGUCGGAGUGUCAUCAACUUUGGAUCAUGCUCACCUCGGAUAGCAGCUGUGGGCCCUCGUCCCAUCCGCUGUGGAGUUGGCUUUGGAGCUGGCAGUGGGCUAGCCUUUGGCUUUGGUGAUGGGAGUGGUGUUGGUUUGGGCUUCAGGACCGGCAGUGGUGUUGGUCUAGGGUUUGGGGCCGGCAGUGGUGUUGGUCUGGGAUUUGGAGCUGGCAGUGGCCUUGGCUAUGGUUUCGGCGGCCCUGGUUUUGGCUACAGAGUUGGAGGAGUUGGUAUCCCAGCAGCUCCAUCUAUCACAGCUGUGACUGUUAACCAGAGCCUGCUAACGCCCCUCAACCUGGAGAUUGACCCCAAUGCACAGAGGGUGAAGAAGGAUGAGAAGGAGCAAAUUAAGACCCUCAACAACAAGUUUGCCUCCUUCAUCGACAAGGUGCGGUUCUUGGAACAACAGAAUAAGCUUUUAGAGACCAAAUGGAGCUUCCUCCAAGAGCAGAAAUGUGCCCGGAGCAACUUGGACCCUCUCUUUGAGAACUACAUCACCAACCUGCGGAGGCAGCUAGAGGUACUGGUCAGUGACCAAGCACGACUGCAGGCUGAGAACCACAUGCAGGAUGUCCUUGAGGGCUUCAAGAAGAAGUAUGAAGAGGAAGUGGGAUUCCGAGCCAAUGCUGAGAAUGAAUUUGUGGCUCUGAAAAAGGAUGUGGAUACAGCUUUCUUGAAUAAAUCUGAUCUAGAAGCCAACGUGGAUGCCCUAACUCAGGAAAUUGAAUUCCUGAAGGCUCUGUACCUGGAGGAAAUCCAGUUGUUGCAGUCACACAUCUCAGAGACGUCAGUCAUUGUGAAGAUGGACAACAGCCGGGACCUGAACCUGGACGGCAUCAUUGCUGAAGUCAAAGCCCAGUAUGAGGAGGUGGCCAGGCGCAGCCGCGCUGAUGCUGAGGCCUGGUACCAGACCAAGUAUGAGGAGAUGCGGGUGACAGCUGGCCAACACUGUGACAACCUACGAAACACACGGGACGAGAUCAAUGAACUGACCCGGCUGAUCCAGAGGCUGAAGGCAGAAAUUGAGCAUGCCAAGGCUCAGCGUGCCAAGCUGGAGGCCGCAGUGGCUGAGGCAGAGCAGCAGGGUGAGGCAGCCCUCAACGAUGCCAAAUGCAAGUUGGCAGAUCUGGAGGCCGCCCUGCAGCAGGCCAAGCAGGACAUGGCUCGGCAGCUGCGGGAGUACCAGGAGCUCAUGAAUGCCAAGCUGGGCCUGGACAUCGAGAUCGCCACCUACAGGCAGCUGCUGGAAGGCGAGGAAAUCCGGAUCUGUGAAGGUGUCGGACCAGUCAAUAUAUCUGUGAGCAGCUCCCGGGGUGGCGUGGUGUGUGGGCCUGAACCUUUUGUCUCCAACUCCACCUUCUCCCGUGGCGGUGUCACCUUCUCGGGCAGCAGCGGCAUCCGCACCAGCACCACCGGAGGGGUCCUGGCUUCCUGUGGCUCCAGCUUCGGUGGGACCCGGGGUGCCCUGGUUGGAGGGGACCUGCUGAGCUCUAGUGUCAGAGGUGGCUCGGUGAUCGUGGGCGAUACCUGUGUCCCCAGCAUCCCCUGCCCACUGCCUACUGAGAGCGGCUUCAGUAGCUGCAGUGGUGGCCGCGGGAGCCACAACUCCAGCGUCCGCUUCUCGACCACCACCACCUCCCGCCGGACCAGAUACUGA